AUGGCCGUCGACAACACUGAAGACGUUGAGGCACCUGCCGCCGCCGAUCCGACUCUGAACACCGUCGACUUUGGUCUCCAAAUUGGCGUCGAAGAGAUCCUCAUCGAUGUCGACCCAGAUGUGUCGCUGGACUUCUUGAAGAAGGCCGAGGCCCAUGCCGGCAAACCACCACCAACUAGAAUACCGAAGGAGACGCUCCUUCGCAUGCACAACCAUUAUGUCGAGCAGCAAAGGAAGGCAGGACAGGAUAAGGCCCCACGGAUGGUGAAGAAGGUCGUCUUGGCGCUAUCUUAUCCCCCAUCAUCGAAGCCGAUCAAGGAUCUUUCUCCGAUGCGACUGGAUGAGCUACUCGUGGAGAAUCACCACGAGGAUAGAUACUUGGUGUUACAGACCAUUGCCCCGCCCUACCUUGGUGCCGGUACCAUCACUCUGGUCGAGGACGAGUACGGGAAUGCCGACAAGCUAUCAUUGUACAACCAAGGCAACUCCAGUAUUCUCCAGUCAAUUCCUGAGGGCAUAGUAAUUCUUGUCAAGGAGCCGUAUUAUCGAUUCAGCGGCGACAACGAGUUCCUGCUCUGUGUUGAUCAUCCUUCGGAUAUCGUACGGCUUCGACAAGGACCCGAUUCCUCACUGAUUCCUGAGCCAUUUAGGCAAUCUGAGGACUUCGAUGCCAUGGGAUGGAGAGACGCUGGAGACAAGGCCUUCCUGUCUAAAGACCUGCCGAUGGCAGUGGCAAACUACACAAGAGCUCUGGAAUUAGCUCUGGAAGAAGAUCAAGACUUCAAAAUUGGGGUGUUCGGCAAACGAGCCAGCUUAAAUCUCACUUUGAAGUGCUUCGACAGCGCAUUAUCUGAUGCCCUCGCAUCGAGAGGCGGCUCUUCAGACUGGAAGGCCUACUUUAUCGCAGGAAGAGCAGCUUAUGAGCUUACAAACUUCGGCCCCAGCAAGGCUUAUUAUGAAUCCGCACUUGCUCUGAAGCCUCCCAUUCCAAAUGUCCAAAAAGAGUACGAACGCUGUCUGGCGCGGCUUGAAGAAGAGAAAGGCAUCUACGACUUCGCCGCCAUGGCCAAGGACACCACAGCCAAAAACAUCCACAUCGACCGCGCCAGCUUUGUUUCCAGGACAGAGGUGAGAGACUCCCCACACCACGGGCGAGGUCUAUUUGCGACGGAGGAUAUCAAAGCAGGAGAGCUCGUCUUCGUGGAGAAGGCCACCAGCGUACCCAACGAGUUCAACCCGGAGCACAAUUCAGCAGCGGCCUACGCCCAGCUCAUCGAGCUCUGCGCGGAUAAUCCCACAGUGCACAAGAAGGUCCUCGACCUCUACGGCGGAUCUUACAAGCGCUCCGGUCUGGAAGGCAGUGAUGUCGAUGGCAAGCCCGUCGUAGAUGUCUUCCUCCUCGAGUCGAUCCGGAGAAAGAACUGCUUCAGCGGCGCGCACGUUUCGGCACAGGCCGCCAACGGUGACUGGAACAUGUGGAAGAACGGCAUGUCGCGUGGCUUGUGGGUGUACUCGGCCUACGCCAACCACGCAUGCCUCCCGAACUGCAACAGGUCUUUCGUCGGAGACAUGCUCAUCGUCAGAGCGACGGUAGACAUACCCAAAGACACCGAAAUCACACACAUCUACCUCCCGCCCAAAGCCGCGUACCUCCUCCGCGCUCCACAGUUCCGCCGGAACUGGGGCUUCGACUGCAGCUGCGUCCUCUGCGCGGGCGAGCAAAAGUCCCCGUUGAAGCAGCACCAGAAGAGAGUUUCGAUCCUCGCGGAGCUGCAACGCGCGAUCAAGAAGAAGAACCCGGCCAGGUUCCAACCCGACGCCACGACCCGGCAGAUCGAGAGGCUCGCGAAUAAGCUCGCCGCCCUUCACGAGACUGAGGUAUACGAUGAACUCGCCCUGCCCAGGUUGAUGCUCGUGUGGCCGACGAUGUGGCUGAUCGAGGCGUGGCACACGAGGAAGCAGUGGGCCAAGGUGGUAAAAUGGGGGAACGAGGUCUUUCGCAACUUUGGGUUCGUGGAGCCUGUGCGAGGGGAAAGGCUGUGGAUGUACAGGGACACGCAGGCCGUCACGACGUUUGAGGUCAUCAAGGCGCUGAAGUUGACGGCCGAGGCUUACACUGCGCUCGGGAAAGAGGAGCUGGCGGGGGAUUGUUUGGAUGCUGCUAGGAUUGGGCUCACGACCAUGGUUGGAUGGGUGACUGACGAGAGUUUUGAGGCGUUCAGGUGA